AUGGCUCAUAUUGCACAGCCAUUACUUAUUCGUCAAAUUAUUCUCUAUAUUAAGGGUCAAUCUGGGUUACCAGUUUACGUAGGUUAUCUAUUUGCUGUUGGUCUUUGCAUUUCUGCAAUUUUACAAGCCAUUAUUCAUCAACAAAUUCUCUUUCGAAAUAGUCGCAUGGGUAUGCGUGUUCGCAAUGCAUUAUCAUCUGCUAUCUACAGGCACUUGUUAACCAUCAAUACCGCAGCUCUUCAUAAGACUACUGCUGCUCAAAUGGUCAAUUUAGUAGCAAAUGAUGCCGGUAAAUUUGAAGAAUUAAGCAUAUUCGUACAUACUUUAGUGCUAGCACUUUUGGAAGCUCUUGGAACGUUUGCUCUCGUUUGGUGGUACAUUGGUUUACCGACAGUAUUUGGCUAUGCCGUACUGCUUUUAUUAGUACCUAUACAGUUUAUUUUCAGUAGAAAAUUCAGUCAAUACCGAAAGACCACCAUGGCAUGUACAGACAAGUGUGUGCAAAUGACCAAUGAACUUGUAAAUGGAUGUCAAAUUAUUAAAAUGUACAAUUGGGAAAAAGCCAUGGAACAACGAGUACUUGAAGCACGUCGUCGUGAACUUUUGAAUAUUCACAAGGUGAGUUGUUUGAGAGCUGUCAAUACUGCUCUCUCCUUCGCAGCGUUACCUUUGAUUUCUCUUGCUACAUUCGGUGGUAGUUGGCUAAUGGGUCAAACUUUACUUCCAGAAAACAUAUUCACAACAUUAGCCUUCUUCGUCAUGGUCCGAGUGUCAGUAACAGUUGGAAUGCCGCAAGCCAUCGAAAAAUUUAGUGAAGCUCGUGUGUCUGCAAGACGAAUUGAUCAAUUUGUGCAACUCAAUAUAUUGUCGAAUAAACGAGAAAAAAUGGAAAACGAAAACGAAGAUUAUGUAAUCAUUAUGAAAGAUGCAUCAUUUUCUUGGAACGAUACUCCUUCAUUGAUCUCUGUCAAUCUGAAAAUCAGAAGCCGUAACUUGGUUGGAGUGAAAGGUGCCUUUGGUAGUGGCAAGUCAACCUUACUCACUGCUAUUCUUAGUGAAAUCAAUCUUGUUAGUGGACAACUACGACUAAAGGUAAAUUCAAUUUCAUAUGCUCCACAGUUGGCAUGGGUAUUUGCUGGCACUAUUCGAGCUAAUAUUCUUCUUGGUAAAGCGAUGGAUGAAGAACGUUACAAGAAUGUAAUAAAGGCAUGUUGUCUUGAUAUCGAUCUACAAAAUUUCAGUGAAAUCGGUGAUUUAUUGAUGAUUGGUGACAAAGGUGUCAAUUUGAGUGGAGGACCAAGAGCUCGAUAUCGCUUGCUCGUGCUCUAUACACUGAGGCUGACUUAUAUUUACUCGACGAUCCACUUGCUGCCGUUGAUCCAAAGGUAG